AAGUGUUUGUCUGUCAGUGAUAUUACGUGUGGUUCAGCUUCAAUCAGCUCUUUUAAUCCUAUUUCCACAGAAGGGCAUCCCUGCAGCCCAUGAAUAUGCUUGGGUACUCACCAUGAACUGCCAAAAUGGACAAUCAGAAGAAAGAUCCCACCACAAGAUCACAAUGAACAGGAAGACUGCUAAUUACAUAGCUCCUCUCUUAUUGCUGUUGUGCUCAGCCGUUCUAUUCACAAACGCUUGUGAAGAUUUCCGGUGCACCGUGGAUUAUAUAAACACUUUAACAUGCAACGUGUACAAAGAAAAAGAAAAAAGAAUGAACAUUUCCUAUCAACUCAGCGCACGAUGGAUUCUAAAAGAUUUAGAGGAAGAAGACUCCUGUGAAUUUAUACAAUUGAACAACCAACAAGAAUACAUCUGUAACUUGAGUAUGGAUUUGGUAGGUGCUGAUGACACUUACUGGAUUUCCGUAAAUAAAACGGUCUUCGGGGAAAAUAUCUCAUCUGAGUGUGGACCUUUUUUCUUCCGUAAAACAAUACGCCCAAGAGCCCCUUUCAACCUCACUGUAUCGAUUUAUGAAACUUACUAUAAUAUGUCAUGGAACACAGACUAUGAGAGUUUGGAGUAUAUGUUCCUUCAUGGUGAAAUGGGAUAUGAACUAAAUUAUAAAAAGCAGAAAGACACAUGGAAGAACCCCAAGAGCAUUCACAUUCUUGAGGAUGAUAAAAAUGUGGUCCUUCUUACGGCAACCUUUGACAACAAUGAAGACUAUGUUGCCCGUGUCCGUGCCAAGCCAAGGAAUGGUUCAAUAUAUAAUGGUUUAUGGAGUGAAUGGAGUCCGUCGGUCAAAUGGUCGACCCAAACUGAUGUUUCAGAAGGAUUUUGGCGUUCAGUUGAAAUGAAAGUAAUCCUCGGCAUAGGGGCUUUCGUUGCCUUCAUUCUAAUUUUAAUGCCUUUGAAACUUCCACAAAAGUUAUGGAAAACUUUGUGUGGGCUUGUGCCAAACCCUGAACCCUUUUUCAAACCUCUCUACCUUGGACAUAACGGAGAUUUUAAGAGUUGGCUGGGUUCUUCUAAUUACACAACAGGACUACAUUUCGAAGGUGGUUUAGUUCUUCCAGACUUUGUAGAAAUAUACAGCCAAACACUAUUCAAACACGUGUCAAAAACAAGCUUGCGUGAUAUGGAAAAUCAUGAGAAAUUAUUACCUAAGACAUGCUGUAACCUUCAUAGCCAUGACUGUAGAAAAUGUAGAUUUUCCAGUUGUACGAGAAGCCAGUCUAUUGAACAUGCACCUAUUGACACUGUAACUGUGACUGACGAAGGAUCCCUCUGUUGUCCUCACUGCUUCUCCAGCAAUAUUUCUCCUAAUAAUGCCCAUAAUGAUACUGAAGAGAUUAAUAGUGAUGAUGGCUACCCUCCUGUCAAUAUGGACAGUAGCAACGAAAACUUGCCAAGUCCUUUAGUGACCAGACAAUCAAAUACAGAGGUUCCUUCAAACUCUUCAGAGGAACAUGGACUUUGUUCAAUGGAAAAUCUAAUGAAGGACAAAGUAAAUAUUCUAGAUUUUAUAUCAAUUCCAGAUGAAGAAUGGAAAAUGCAAGAUUCACUUUCCCCGGAUGACGAGAACCUAUUCUACAUUGCAGAACGUUAUCAUUCAUUUUCUCCCAGCUCAGGGAACAGCGAAGAGUUUCGUUUUCGAGAGAUAUGCAUUGAUAUGGAUACAAUAGACAGUGGCUAUGUGGACUCUGAAUGUGGGAGUCCCGUGGAGAGUGAGUUUGGAAACAAUGACCUGUCUCCUAAGAUAUCAAGUUCAGAAUCUUACCACCAAGAUGAAGAAUGCCGUACUAAUUACGUGAAACAGUGGGUUCCUUCUAACUGACCAUUGUUGGAACACUCCUCAAGAAUUCAAUGUUCUAUUCUUUUUCAGAACAUGGAUAUCAAUACUGAUGUUUACAAGACUUGGUUUAAAUGUUUUUGCACUGAUAAUCUCAACGAUACUGUAAUCAUUGAAAGGAUUAUUUAAUAAAAUACAAUUUCACAGUGGCAGAUUGAGCAGAAA